AUGGCGAACUUUGCAAAUAGACCAGAAGAAAAUCUUUCUAGUCCUUUCUUUCUUCAUCCAAAUGAGAAUCCCUCUCUCAUUCUGGUUUCAAACGUACUUAAUGAAGGCAAUUACCAUUCGUGGUACAGAUCUAUGAAAAUGACGCUAAUCUCCAAGAAAAAAUAUAAAUUUGUUGAUGGAUCAAUAAUCACACCUGCUGUAACUGAACAGAUUUACCCUGCGUGGGAGAGAUGUAACACAAUGGUCAUGUCAUGGCUUUACAGGUCAGUUUCACCUACUAUAUCACAGAGUAUUUCAUGUAUGAACACUGUUAUGGAUAUAUGGAAUGAUCAUAAGGAACGUUUUUCUCAAGGAGAUGCUUUUAGAAUUGGACAUAUACAGGAAGAAAUCUAUGCUUUUCACCAAAAUUCAUUAUCUGUUACUGAAUACUUCACUCACCUGAAAACUCUUUGGGAUGAGUUGAUGAGCUUAAACCCUUUACCUGUUUGUAUGUGCAUUCCUAAGUGUGGAUGCAAUGCUUUUGAUUUGAUUCGUAAGCGCCAAUCAAAUGAUCAAGUGAUUAAAUUUUCGAAAGGAUUAAAUGAACAGUUUGGGAAUGUGAGACAUCAGAUUUUGAUGACAGAACCUUUGCCUGCUAUGAAUAAAGUUUUUUCAAUGGUAAUGCAAAGUGAAAGACAGAAUAUCAUUUUUUCAAAUAUGAAAAAUGGAAUUGAUUUAAACAUCAUGAUGACAAGAAGUUCUGGCCCUGCUCAGUUUGCUACUGAGAAUUAUGAAUCAAACAUCUGUUAUGCUAGAGGAAGAGGAACAAAUAACUAUUCUAGAGGAAGUUAUAACAGAUUUAGUGGAUACAAUUCACAAGUGAAUAAGUCAAAAACUUGCUCUCAUUGUGGCUACUUUGGUCACACAGUGGAUAUAUGCUAUAAAAAGCAUGGGUACCCACCUGGAUACCAACCUAAAUAUAGAGCUGAGUCCUCCUUUGCCAAUCAAGUGGAAUAUGCAGGAAACCCUUUUGAGAAUGAUGGCAAUGUUGACUAUAAUGGCUACAAAGAAGAGUUGAAUCAAAAUUACAAGACUGGCAACACAGAAUCUAUUCCACCCCCUGGUGCACCUUUUCCUUUUUCUCAGGAACAAUGCCAAAGGUUAAUGGCUCUUCUCCAGGCUGAUGAAAAUAAAGUUGCUAGUACUAGCUCAGGAAGUAUUUCAAAUGUCAACUCUCUUUCUGCAAACUUCCAUGCUAUAGCUGAGGAUCAAGGUACACUACCUAAAUGUCUUUUUAAUGCCAUAUCUUUUAAAAAUACAUGGAUUCUGGACACAGGGGCUACAUACCAUAUAGUUUGCAAUUCAUCCUUCCUGCAUUCUUCCACUGCUGUUGACAAUGUUCAUGUUAAGCUGCCAAAUGGACAUUUAGUUCCUGUAUCACAUAUAGGGACCAUCCAGUUGACAGACAGACUAAUUUUGCAUAAUGUUCUUCUUGUCCCUGAUUUUACAUUCAACUUGAUUUCAGCAAGCAAGUUGACAGAUGAUCAAAACAUUUGCUUAAUUCUAUACCAUGAUUCUUGUUUCAUUCAGGAGAUGCAUACAUGGAGAAUGAUUGGCUUAGCUAAAAAACAGGAAGGGCUUUACAUUCUAGUUCAAGAGACUGCUUCUGUCUUGCAGUGUAAUAAAGAGUCUCAGAAAACAGAAAAAAAGCAACAACAGAUAUUUGGCACUAUAGAUUAG